CAUUUCGUUUCUUUUGUUCACGCGAAAACGUGGUGGGAGACUGGAACUGGGAGCGAGUUCUCUCUCGAGUUUCGACCUCCAACCUCCCAUCCCUUCUGUGUUCUCUCCAGUGGUUAUCGUCACCUGGUCAGCCGGAGAGUCAAAGGUUGCCAUAUUUCGCUUGCGGAGCACGAUAGCCACUGCAGUUAUUAUCUCGAGCCGGCUCCCCUGUCGGUCUCAAAUGUAAUGAGCAGGCGUUGGUCGAGCUCGGUGGCGACGAUGGCGGAAGAAAUCAGCAAGGCUGACGUGGAAUCCUCUGCAGCAUCGACAUGGAAACGGAGAUUGGUGUGGCCCUCUGUUCUUCGUUGGAUCCCAACCUCAACCGAUCAUAUUAUAGCUGCAGAAAAACGUCUUCUCUCGUUAGUCAAAACUCCGUAUGUACAAGAACAGGUUAAUAUAGGAUCAGGGCCACCUGGCUCUAAAAUCCGGUGGUUUCGGUCUUCAAGCGACCAGCCAAGGUUUAUCAAUACGGUCACUUUUGACAGUAAGGAUGAAUGUCCCACGCUUGUUAUGGUUCACGGCUAUGGUGCUUCUCAAGGAUUCUUCUUUCGGAAUUUUGACGCCCUUGCUAGCCAUUUCCGGAUCAUUGCAAUUGAUCAGCUUGGGUGGGGUGGGUCAAGUAGACCUGGCUUUACAUGCAAAAGCACUGAAGAAACUGAAGCUUGGUUCAUUGAUUCCUUUGAGGAAUGGCGUAAAGCCAAAAAUCUUAGUAAUUUUAUUUUACUAGGACAUUCAUUUGGAGGAUAUGUUGCAGCAAAGUAUGCCCUCAAGCACCCGGAACAUGUUAAACACUUGGUUUUGAUAGGACCUGCUGGAUUUUCAUCAGAAUCAGAUGGAAAAUCCGAAUGGCUAACUCGAUUCAGAGCAACAUGGAAAGGAACCAUUUUGAACCAUCUCUGGGAGUCUAAUUUCACUCCUCAGAAGGUUGUCAGAGGCUUAGGCCCUUGGGGUCCAGAUCUAGUUCGCAGGUAUACAAGUGCUAGAUUUGGUACAUAUUCAACUGGGGACGUACUGACUGAAGAGGAGUCCAGGUUGCUUACAGAUUAUGUAUACCAUACUCUGGCCGCCAAAGCUAGUGGAGAAUUGUGCUUGAAGUAUAUAUUUUCCUUUGGAGCAUUUGCCCGGAUGCCCCUCCUUCGCAGUGCAUCUGAAUGGAAAGUGCCUACCACCUUUAUUUAUGGAUUUCAUGAUUGGAUGAAUUACCAAGGGGCACAGGAAGCUCGCAAAGAGAUGAAGGUUCCCUGUGAAAUCAUAAGGGUGCCACAGGGCGGUCACUUUGUUUUCAUAGACAACCCCUCUGGGUUCCAUUCGGCUGUCCUCUUUGCUUGCCGCAGAUUUCUUGCACCCAGCCUUGAUGAGCAAACACUCCCGGAAGGCCUAACUUCUGUAUAAGAACUUGUUAUAGAUUUUUAUUCGAUUUUGGUCCACAACGGCUGUGAGAUCUCUUCAAGUCUUCAUCUAGUUCUAAACAUAUGUAGCGGAGUGGUCCGAGUGGAUCCUUCUCAUUCUUUCCGUAUGUAAAUGUGCCAUUCAUUUAUAGGUAUUUACUAGCGGGACCUGUGCGAUGUACGGAAAAAUUCAUUAAUUCAGUAUUUUAGUUGUA